CUCAAUUUUGGUCAAAACUGAGCUGAUAAUAAUUUUGGAGUUACUAGGUGAUAUGCUUUACAUUAGUGUAUGCGAUAUUGUAAUUUGUUCCUUAAGUAAGCUGUUACGCGCAUGGCAGGACCUAGCAACUACCACAUAACUGCGUAGAUACAACAGAAAAACCUAGUAUCUCAAGGGACCAAUCGGAUUGUACGCUGUAGUCAUGUGGCAAGAUGGCGGCGCCCAGCAGCAUAUUCACUGAUUGAGGUUGUCAGACGAAGAUUAUUUGGUCCAGCUACUUACUUGUUUUAUUCGGAAGUAUGUCUUGGAGAAGAGGAAAAAGAUUAGUGGCUCUAGCCCUGGAAAAUGUAAGAAGCAGCACAACAAGCGGCGUGUGCGCGCCCAUAAAUAAGGCCAGACGAGCGUGCACGCUGUAGGCUGGGCUGUGUAUUGUUCUCCGCACAGGAGGCGGGCUUCCUCCUCGCCGCACAACACGGAGCCUCGGUGGGUGACGCCACGCCGCGCGGAGAAGAAGAAGGCUCGGAGGAGGUGCAGCGGAACGACUCGGACGUGAAUCCAGACCAUCCGGGCAAUUAAGGCAGAGGGAGGAAGACAUCGUCUGGACGCACACACCAGGCGGAUGUCUGCAAGAUCCAGCAUGCACCUUGAGGAGGCGAGAACAGUGUGAGUCCACAGAUGGACCUUCUGUGUCAUGGAGCCAAGAGAGCAGAGGGCGCCGAUCCCCCCGCAGACCCUCGGCCUCCUCCUGCCAAGAUGGUCCGUCUGGAGCAACAUGGAGCGGCUGGAUGCUCAACGCAGCAAGAGAGGAGCCUGCAGGAGAGUCCGGGGAUCCAAAAAGCCUUUCUGGCCCAGAAACCUUCUGCUGGGAAGCAUAAGAGCUCCCAGUCAAGAGGAAGCUCUUUGCCGGUCUUCUGCGUGGUGGAGCACUUGGAGAGUCCAGUGGACGGAGAGAGGAAAGACCAACAUGCCGAGUAUGUUCUGAUCAAGCGGGACCUGCUCUUCAACCAGCUGAUCGAGAUGGCCCUGCUGACCCUGGGAUACUCGCACAGCUCGGCUGCUCAGGCCAAAGGUCUGAUCCAGGUGGGCAGAUGGAACCCCGUGCCUCUUUCCUGCGUGACGGACGCUCCAGAUGCCACAGUGGCCGAGAUGCUGCAGGACGUCCAUCACGUCGUUACCCUCAGGAUACAGCUGCAACGCUGCUCCAGACUGGAGGACCUGCCAGCCGAGCAGUGGACUCACGCAACAGUCAGAAACGCCCUGAAGGAGCUCCUCAAGACCAUGAACCAGAGCUCGCUGGCCAAGGAGUGUCCUCUGUCUCAGAGCAUGAUAUCGUCCAUCAUCAACUGCACCUACUACGCCAACGUCUCAGCCGCCAAAUGUCAGGAGUUUGGUCGCUGGUUCAAGCACUUCAUGACCUCCAGAUGCAACAACACGGAGAGCUUCUCCGAGCAGCCGUCACACCUGUCCGUCAGCAGCAGUCCAGCAGACCAGAGCCUCCUUUACCUCCACGGAGGCAUGAGCAACAUGGUGGGCGGGGCCUCCCCGCACGGCCUGCUGACCCAGAACCUCAGCAGGUCUCAGCAGCAAGUCAUGACUCAGCUCCUCAACCAGCAGUACGCCGUCAACCUCAUGCUCGCCGGCCAGCAGCAGUUCCUCAACCAGCCGCCUGCGGGGAGGUCUCCUGCCAAGGUCUUCCCCAAUGCCCCGGACCCCCAGGGCCCCCAGCAGGCUCCCUGUUGCCCCGAUGGAGGCUCUUUGGCCGGGUCGGUGGACGUGUCGUCCGACAUCUACCACUGUGUGCGCGAGGAGAUGAAGAGGGCAGGGAUCUCUCAGGCCGUCUUCGCACGAGUGGCUUUCAACCGGACCCAGGGCUUGCUGUCGGAGAUUCUCCGCAAGGAGGAGGACCCUCAAAACGCCUCCCAGUCUCUCCUGGUCAACCUGCGGGCCAUGAGCAGCUUCCUGCAGCUCCCCGAGGCGGAGAGAGAGCGCUUCUACCAGGAGGAGAAAGAGAGGAGCCUGACUGGAUUCACGCCCAGCUGCAACAACACACCACCGAGAUGCACGCAGGCCAGACUGUCCCCAGUAACGGUGGAGCGAGCUUUGAGGACGGACAGUUGCAUCCUCCACGUGAGCUCGUCCAUCUAUGAUGAGAUUCAGCAGGAAAUGAGGCGCGCCAAGGUGUCGCAGGCCUUGUUCGCCAAGGUGGCCGCGUCCAAGAGCCAGGGCUGGCUGUGCGAGCUGCUACGUUGGAAGGAGGAACCCAGCCCGGAGAACCGGACCUUGUGGGACAACCUGUGCAUGAUCCACCGCUUCCUGAGUCUAUCCCAGCUGGAGAGAGACGCCAUUUAUGAGCAGGAGUGCACUUCCUGGCACUGCUGCUCCGAUAGACGCUCCAUGGCUGCCCACGACAACGCUUUGUACCAAGGCAACUCUCUGCUGACUCAGCAGCCUCAUCUUCAACCUCAUCAAGCCUUGCACCCAGAAGCAGGACCUCCUUUGUCUCCACGGCAACCGUGCGCCGCAUCACCAGCUGAGUCGGAGGCCGGGGGCAACUGGGGGAUUCUGAAGGUGGUCGUGCACGGCCACGGCGGCGGCGGCGACUUGGACGCCUCGCUGGAGGGCCCGGGGGGCGGCGGCGACGACGUGGACCUGCUGGUGGACUGGAACUGUCUGAAAGUGGAGACGGACACAGGACACGACGAGCAGACGGCAGAAGGCGGAGCGCUGAAGGACAAGCUCCAGGUGCAGUGGCCCCGCUUGAAGGAGGAGGACGGCGACAGAUUAGAGAUCCGCAUCAAGACGGAUCAUGAAGACCAGGCCCAGGUGUCCCACGAAGCCAUGGGCAUCCUGCAGAGCUUCACCCGAGAAGUGGGCCUCAACCCGGACGAGGAGGCGGUCCACACCCUCUCGGCUCAGCUGGGCCUGCCCAAGCACCUGAUCCGCAGCUUCUUCAGCAGCCAAGACCACGUGCCCGCUGCGCGCAUGCACAGGUACAGGCAGGAGCAGACGUGUGCGGCCAGGAGAACUGAGCAGCGGCAGGUCGAAGAUGAAAGAGGAGACAAGAACGAGGAGCAGAGACAAGACAGCAUGAAGACUUUGAAAGGCUUGGACAUCAGCACUCAAACUCUCCCGAAAGAAGAAGACGUCUGACUCCAAGACCAGGUGAGAGACGGCCACGCCCUCCGUCUUUCCAUAAACAUGUAUCAAACAUGGCCGCUUUCUUCUUUGGGAGUAUUGGCCGCAUUUUUUCACACAUUCAGGAAACGUGCUUAUUAUGUUUAAAGAAAUCUUCUUCUUCAAGGGGAAAUGUACUUCUUUGGGAAUUCACAAUGUGUGACAAGAACACAUAUGUCUUUUUUAUGCAUUCUAAAUCCUCAAUACACAAUAGCAAAAGUCAGCCAACAAUGCAACCAAUGUAAAGCGCUUAACAAGUUUUAGCGAUAUUGUUAUUACAAGCGCUAUCGCUGAGGAACUACUUUUAGCAGCGUCGUGAUCACAGAGAAGUAACCAGCUUAUGCUGUUGUAUUGACAUAUUGAGCUGCUGCAUCGCCUGUGAGUUGGUGAAAGUUAAUUCUACAUUAUAAAUAAUGUCUCUCACCUGGAUAGUAGAAGGUUGUGGUCAUAAACCCACAAGUUGGUCAACUUUGACAUCCAACUUAGACACGGAAAAAACUUUUUUUUAACCCUUUGAGGAUGAUGAUGAAUUGUUGAUGUAAAGGGGAAGAUACAACCAUCUUAUCAGGCUUUAUCCCAGUGAGAGCAGACAUUGUACAGUAAAGUAUUGUUUUAUUUUGUUUGUAUAUCUUGUUUAGCACUUAGCAAUACUUCUACAUGAUGCUUAGUGUUUGACUAAAGCUGCAUCUGUUUUGUUUCUAAAACUUGUAGAUCAUCCUCCUUAUAUUCAGGCUCAAAAAUAGAAAUUUCUGGAUCAUCAUUUGUCCCAUAGUAGUCUUUGUUGUCUCUCAUCAAGUCUGCCAUGGGUAUUAGUUUUGCUAUUGUUGAAGGGAAAUUGUGCUUAAUACUUAAAAUUAACAAAAUAUGUAAAUAUGACAUGUUAUUAUGAAUGUUACUAGAUACUACAUAUAUACUUGCAGUGUGUAUAUCAGACCUUGAUGGAGGUUUUUAGAUCUUUUUUAGAAAGGAAUAGAGCGACUCUCAUUCGCUCCACUGUUAGCUGACCUUUUUCUAGCUUUUUCUAGCUUUUAUUUGUGAGUUAGAAUGCAUGAAAAUACGUGUUCUUGUCUCACAUAAGGAUUGUGAUAAAAAAAAAAGGUACAGUUCCCCUUUAAGAUCAUUGGACUCCUCCUUGUGUUGAAACUGUCCCGGAAGUCAAAUUGAUUUCUUAAGUUGUAAAAAAGACAAACUGUGUCACAUGACUCACUCCCUGGAUUAUGAAGAAAUGUGGAAAAGACGAACACAUUUAUGCGAGCCGACGAGUGAAAGCCAGGGACCGUCUGCAGGGAGAACCGGGGCAGCGGAGCCAACUCGCCCUGGCCACGUGAGUCUUUUGAGUCAAACGGCAGCUUUCAUGCAGCUCGUUGAGUCGACUGCAGUCAUAUUGUUCUUUUCAAGGACUGAUGGCAUGUUGGCGUGAGUCCACCUUCUUCAUGAAAGGACGGUUCCAGUUCCAGAAUGUUCCGACCAUGACUCAGUUUGUCUUGAAAUCAUGUAGCAGUCGUACUUUCACUUAGCAUUGUUUAGCUCUUACUUUUAUUUGCAGUAGAGAAGGGAUUCACACGGACCCAUUCCUGGGUGGGUCUCGUGUAAGAGGAAGAAGGGAAGGUAAGCAUCUUGCAAUGCAGUCUGCUGAAAACAAUGGAAAGCGCCACUCUGCAUAGCAAUGGAAUUGCCACAAAGCACAUUUUAAGACAGUCUAAAGUGGAUAGUGCGCCCCCUAAUUUGUCACGUUUCAUGUGUCAGGCCAUUUGAAUCCCCUUCCUACUGUCUGUCAACACCAUGGAUGUUUGUGUAGCAUUUGAAACCCACUUUGAAUAAAGGCAUCAAGCACAUAUUUACUAAGCAGACCGUGUUGCAUGAUGGGUAUUGUGUAAUAGA